AUGUGGCAAUCUUUAACAAAUACGUGUGAAUCGAUGAAUUUGAUAUUCAACCCUAAAACAAUCAGAGUAGAUUUUGAAAGGAGUGCACAUUUGGCAAUUAGACACUGUUUUCCACUAUGCGAUAUAUACGGAUGUGGAUUUCAUUUGGGGCAAGCUUGGUAUAGGAAGCUCAACCAAGAUUUUCCUAACCUCAGAAAUGAAUAUAAAGCCAAUACCGAAAUCGGAAAAUGGAUUAAAUAUUUCUUUGGUUUAUCUUUCAUUUCCCCUGAAGAAGUUUCUGAUGUGUUUUGUGAAUUAAUCGAAAUCGCAUCAAAUAGUGACGUAUUGAAUUUUAGCGAUUAUAUGUAUGACAAUUAUAUUCAAGAAAAUUGUUUAUUUCCUCCAGAGAUGUGGGCAGAAAAACCAUCAAAUUCACCUAAAACUACAAAUGGACCUGAGGCAUUUCAUUCUCAUUAUAAUGCACAAUUUUACAGUACUCAUCCUUCAAUAUGGAAGGUAAUAGAAACGUUGAAAGAAAUACAGACAGAGACCUAUGUUAAAAUUAAAGAUAUUUCAAGAGGUAUUCACCUUCACUAUGACUGUGUAAUGUGCCAACAAAAUUGUUCAUUUUAA